GGCGGCACCCUCGCGCGCCUUCUCGCGGCGCAAACGGGCCGCUGCCUCAGUGAGGUAGCCGCACGGUUCUACGCAGCGCAGGUCGCGCUCGCCCUCGGCGAGCUGCACCGGCGCGGCGUGCUCUACCUCGACCUCAAGCUGGAGAACGUGCUCCUCUCAGCAGAGGGCGACGCCGUCCUCGUCGACUUUGGCUUUGCGCGCUGCGGCAUCGACGUCGCGGGCGGGCAGACCGUGCGUCGGCCGGGAGGCACUCGUGUCUACACCCCGCCCGAAGGCAUCCUCGGCCGCCCCGUCGGCGCCGCGUGCGACUGGUGGGCGCUGGGCAUCCUCCUGUACGAGCUGAUCGUCGGGUACGGCCCCUUUGCCGAGCACGCCUCCGACGAGCGGUCGCUGCGGCUUGCCAUCACGAACGGGCGCGUCCGCUUUCCGCGG